CUCAAAAGAAAAUGCCUCAAAUAGACGUCUAGACCCUGUGGGCCAAAAUGAGAUACUACGCCUACUUUUUCAUUCACUCUGAAUGCGCCUACACUUUGAGCAAUGGAGCGGGAGAGGGAAAGAGAAGCUGCCACAGCUCGAAGAAGCGCCGGCCAGGAAUGACUCGGCGUCGUCGCCAGCUGCGUUACCCGGCGUGCCCCGCGCGGCGCCGGCGGAGAGACGUGGGGGGAGGGGCGGGGAGGAGGAAGCGGCGGCGGCGGCUGCGGAUGUCGCUGCGACCGAGCGGCGUCUGAACACACGGCGGCUGCCGGGCGCCCGAGGCGGGCCUGCGCCGCAGCCCACGCGGAUCUCCGCGGCCCCUCGUCCGCUAGGGAGGCCCCGCGCUCGCUGUCACUGAGGCGGCGUGCCCCACAUUCUUCACUGCCCG